CAUACACGAUCUGUGCGCGGCUGCACAGCUCUCAUGCCUGCUGUUGUAUCUGACUCCGGGAGGAUGGACGAUGUGUCGUUGGGUCUGGUGGCCACACCGGCCUCGCCGCGUCCACACUGUAACACAGACUCAGAGGAGGACACGGUGAAUGGAGGGAUGCACACCUUCAACCAGACCCACAUGAGGAAGGCAUUCCAGCUGAUGAACGAACUGAGGAGUAAAAAGAUGCUGUGCGACGUCCAGCUGGUGGCGGGGAGUGUUGAGGUGCCGGCUCACAGGGUGGUUCUGGCGUCCUGUAGCCCCUACUUCUGUGCCAUGUUCACAGGUGAUAUGAGUGAGAGCAAAGCCCAUCAGGUGGAGAUCAGAGAGGUGGAUGGACAGACUCUGAGGAAGCUGGUGGACUACAUCUACACGGCUGAGAUAGAGGUCACAGAGGACAACGUCCAGGUUCUGCUGCCAGCAGCCAGCCUCCUCCAGCUGAUGGAUGUUCGUCAGGUCUGUUGCGAGUUCCUGCAGUCUCAACUUCACCCCUCCAACUGUCUGGGCAUCAGAGCCUUCGCUGACCUGCACACAUGUACGCAGCUUCUCAACCAGGCCCACGCAUACGCCGAGCAGCAUUUCUGCGAGGUGGUGCAGGGAGAGGAGUUUCUGAGCCUUUCUCUGCAGCAGGUGUGCAGCCUCAUCGCCAGCGACAAACUCACUGUUUCCACGGAGGAGAAGGUGUUUGAGGCGAUGAUAUCUUGGAUCAAGAAUGAUAAGCCAGCUCGUCUGGAGUACAUGCCCAAACUGAUGGAGCAUGUCAGACUUCCACUCCUGUCCAGGGAUUACCUGGUACAGAUCGUUGAGGAAGAGGCUUUGAUCAAGAACAACAACACCUGUAAAGAUUUCCUCAUAGAAGCGAUGAAGUAUCACCUGCUGCCAGCUGACCAGCGGCACCUCAUCAAGACAGACAGGACCCGACCACGAACUCCUAUCAGCAUCCCAAAGGUGAUGAUUGUCGUGGGCGGUCAAGCUCCGAAGGCGAUCCGCAGUGUGGAGUGUUACGACUUUCAGGAAGAUCGAUGGUACCAGGUAGCCGACCUGCCUUCAAGACGCUGCCGGGCAGGUGUGGUGUCCAUGGGAGGUCGUGUGUACGCAGUCGGGGGGUUCAACAGUUCACUGCGGGAACGAACGGUGGACGUGUAUGAUGGAGUGAGAGACCAGUGGAGUGCGGUGGCGAGCAUGCAGGAGAGACGCAGCACUCUGGGAGCUGCUGUGUUGGGGGAUUUACUGUACGCUGUCGGGGGCUUCAACGGCAGCAUAGGUUUGUCCACAGUAGAAGCCCACAAUUAUAAAACCAACGAGUGGAUAUAUGUCGCCUCCAUGAACACCAGGCGCAGCAGUGUGGGUGUAGGGGUGGUCGAUGGUGUGUGUGCAUCUGUAGGUAAGCUCUAUGCAGUGGGAGGAUACGAUGGAGCAUCCCGUCAGUGUCUCAGUACAGUGGAGGAGUACGACCCUGUCAGCGAUCAGUGGUGCUACGUAGCUGACAUGAGCACACGCCGCAGUGGAGCAGGUGUGGGUGUGUUGAACGGUCUGCUGUACGCAGCAGGAGGACAUGACGGUCCUCUCGUGAGGAAGAGCGUCGAGGUGUACGACCCACAGAGCAACACGUGGCGACUGGUUUCUGACAUGAACAUGUGCCGACGAAACGCAGGCGUCUGUGCCAUCAACGGGCUGCUAUACGUGAUCGGAGGAGACGACGGCUCGUGUAACCUCUCCUCUGUAGAGUUUUACAACCCGGCCACAGACAAGUGGAGCCUCAUCCCCACAAACAUGAGCAACGGACGCAGCUACGCAGGAGUCGCAGUGAUUGACAAGCCAUUAUGACCAGAGGCCUCCCACAGCAUCAGCUCUGUGUCAUCAGCCAGUUCCACAGAGACUCACACUGACGUCUGAAUCGGUCCAAAUGGACGGGACGCCCUCAAUCCUCAGCUGACUUAAUCAAGGAGGAAGAGGAGGAGGACUUUUUUUUGGCGCUAAACCACAAACUGAUUUCGUUGCUUUGCCCAUUUCUGUCACUGAGAUCCUGACUUUUAAAGGACACUGUUGCACUGGAUACGAAACAGUAGCCACAGGAGAGUCUGAGGCUUCUGAGAACUUUGUCUUGGUGAGUUUUAUAAAUGCCAAGCACAUAAAGAGAGGCUGUAUCAGCUGACAUAAGACUCAGACGCUGAUGUCGGAGGGACUUUGAUGAGCCAAACGCAGCAACGUUUAGAUGCUCAGUGGGUCAUGGCAGCGUUCAUGUGAUGGACUAAAUCAAACCUGGAAAACUGAAUACUUUAAAUCACUGGCUUGCUGUUUUCUGGCUGACGUCAGUGUUAACAGUGUUGCUGCAGUUAUGAGGACUUUGCAAUAUUGGCUUGUGAUUGGCUGUUGCAGGAGCAUUAUCCAAUUUCCUGGAAACCUGGGCAUGCUAUGGGAGAUUUUUUUUAAAUCAUGAAACAUUUGCCAGAGUUCCUUGAAUACAAAUCAGCUUACGGCAACUAUUUUUGAGACCGAAGUCGUUGGAUUCCUGCACCAACUGUUGAGUGGUUAGCAAAAAGCCGCCAGCUGCCAGAGUGUGUUUGCUCUGAACAUGGACACCUGGACCUACAGAGCUGCGAGACAAUUCAAAGAAUGUAGAAAACAUCUUAUAUGCAAAUCAUAUUUAAUAUUUUUGAGAUUGUUUUUAAAGAGGUGGAGAACCACUUGCUGUGGCUUUAGACCAGUUGAUCUGAUUGGACGCAGCAGGACUUGAGUCUGUUGUCGACACACUACUGAUGCACUGAUCGCUUGCACUGACUGAUACAGAGUGGCAGGCUGUCUGUCUGACUCACCGAUGCAGCGGGGCCAGACGUCUGCCCGUCUCUCUGACUGACCAACUGGAUGACUGACCUGCUGUUUGUCUGUCUCAUAGGAGCAUUUGAACUCACCACUUUAAGGCCAAUAAUUUCAUCAGAAAUUGUAAAAAAAAAAAAAAAAAAAAUGUGCCAGUUACGCUGAUCAGAAUAAUGCUGGAGUCACAUGGUGUUUUUAUCUCUUAGUAACAAACUGAAAUGACGAAUCAUGUCUGCCUGUUGUCUAAGGGAGCGUGUCAAAAUGCACUGUAGAAACCCAACUGUAAAAUUCUAAUGUAAAAGAUGCAGGUUUAAGAUUUUCUAUUUAUUGUUUUGGGAUAUUUGAUCACAGCAUUUAUUCACAUCAAAGUGAGGUUCUCAUUUCAUUUUCUCUGCCUCGUUGUGUUAACACUCUGUGCUCCACUCACACUCAUCCAGACGAUGACAGUGGGUGUGUUUUAGAUGUAGUUAUUUAGCCGGUGCCAUAGCUUUUGAAAGAGAAGAGAUUUAUAGGAGCUGCUUCAUGAACCAAGUUCUCAGCCGGACUUUUCAUUUCUGCCUGCAGUCUUCCGGGAAUCAUGGACGGGGUCAACUGUCGUCUCAAAGCCCUCUGACAGAAAGUAAAAUACUCAAAAAAAGACCAUACUGUUGUUUUUGUAUGUUAAGUCAGAUUUACAGGUCAUGUUUACGACAUUAGCCCCGCCUCAUUUAGACUGAUGAAUGUGUUUUUCAUGUCAUCCAGCUCCAGCUCAUAUGAUCACAGUUUAAAAUGUCUUGAAAUUCACUCGACAUGCUUCUGCUGAUCACUGUGAAUUUGAAGUUUACACACUCACAAGUGGGUGGGAUGUGCAUGUAAUCGCAAUUUAGGAAAAAUCUAUAAGCAAAAGUUAAGCAUGGAGUGAGAUUAGCAAUCUUUAUUUUACCAAUUUGGAGGCAAAAUUUAAAGUCAAGCACCGCAGCAUCCAUUCAUUCACCAUUUCCUACAUUAGAGACACUCGAAAGUUAAUUAAACUAAUAACACAUUCGAAUAAAGAAUCAGAAUAAAGAAUCAUCGUCAUUCAUGAUGAUGAUGAUGAUGAUGCCCUGUAUCAAAGGUGAAAUGUGGUAUUUAUUUAUCACACCAUAAACUUUUUUGUUCUCUUGUGGCAAUUUUUGAGGCACUAAAUGGAGCAUUAAUUCCACUCUGAGAAUCUGACACUUAAACAAAAUGGUGGAUCGUACAAAAAAACAAUCCAAACGGCAGAAUAAAUGUUGGUAUCGUAUGUUUCUGCAAAUCACAGAUAUGUUACAAUUGUACGUUAUUUUGUAGCAGAUAAUGUCGAAACUUUACACUUCUUUAUGUGACAACAACGCUGUGAUGAAGGUGUGGAUAUUUUUAGGCACAAAAACACUUCGUAAUGUUUAGUAAAAGAUCAUGUUCGGUACCCAGUACCCAAUACCCAGUUUUGUUGCACUAUCCUGUCCCAGAAAAUGCAGCAAUGGCUCUGGUACCAAAAACGAAACGCUUUUUGAGGUUCUAUCCCAGGUGGAAACACAGCGACUGGUCACCAAAAAACACCCACAUAUGGUAGCAAAUAAAAAGCUUGAAACGUAGCAACGAUUCACAAAAGACAACCACUUUUGUUGGUCUGGAACAGAGGUCUGCAGCUUGGCACAUGUCCCGCCUCUCACGUCUUGCCGUCUCGCUAACCCUGACCUCUUAACUCUAACCCCUGACACAUCUCCAUCUCUGUCUAGGUGUCACACUGUCCUCCAUCCCCUCCAUCUCCCAAAGAAAGAGUCAGCUUAUACACGUAGAUAUGAUACGUAUGAAACAUACAAAUGUAACGUAUCCAUCAUUUGCAGAAACAUACUAUACCAACAUUUUCCUCUGAUGACUGAGCUGAAAUAAGUAGAGUGAUUUCAAGCAUAGCCGAGCACGUUAAAGCCUCCUGUCAGCACCUGAAGCCACCAGAGUGAAAACAUUUUUCUAUAUAUAUAGUUUCUUUACUGCACCCCUGCUCCCUAAAAUAAAAAGCACUCAUACUUCACUAUUCAAGUCUCAAUCAGUUGAUCAAAUGGAAGUCAGCAGCUGCCUGGGCUGCAGGAAGAAUACAUUUUUCAGUCUAAAAACACUGUUUUACUGUAGACUAUAAUCAACAGGAAGUCAUGACUAUAUGCAAUCUGAUAUAGACUGGAUAAACAUGCAAACAAACACCAGUAUGGCUCAAGUUCAUAGUUCAUUCUUGACAGAAAGAAACACAAGUUGACAAAACAAUUUCACUUCAGAGUCCAUUUAGUGGCUGUUCUGGAGCUUUUCACCAUCACAUGACCUUCAUUAGAAGAUAGAUGCUCAGGUUUUCAGUGAUCCAGAGCACCUUCGUAGGAUUUCUCUUCCAGGUUGACUUUAAAUCUAACCUCAGUCGGCGAAGACUCAGUUGAAAGCUCCAGAGCAUUUACUAAAUGGACCUCAGAGUAGACUAUUUUUGGGUCAAGGAGUAUGGUGUGGAAGUUUUCAGAUGAAUAAUGUUCUUACUAAGUGCAGAUGUUAUAUUUUUUAAUAUAAACUGUGGAUGUUGUGAACUAAACAGCUGAUAUUGUGAGUUCAUUAACUGUCGUGUGUUUGAGAGACGGUGCGGUUUGUGACGGUUGAACUUUUAUACAUUAAUAGUUGAAGUUUGUGCACUGAACUUACAGGUGAUCUGUAAACCUUCAAACUUGAAAUGAUUUGAAUUAACAACAGAUACUAAGCAGGCUUACUUUGCAAAAAAGAAGAAAAAAA